CUGCGUGCCGCCCUCGACCAGUUCAAGUCGGGCAGCUGGCGCACGGCGCAAGACGACGACGAUCGCCGCCGCUUCUUCACCGACGCGGCGGUGGUCGAGCUCAACCGCACGUCCCACGCCGCCGCCGCAGCGAGCGAGGGACCGCUCUGGCUGGCCUACUACGUGCUCGCCGCGCGCCGCCUCUCGCAGAUCCUCGGCGACAGAGUGCGGGUCGGCGCGCUGCGCUGCGGCGUGCCUCGCAAGCCGGGCGGCUGGCGCGAGGCGUGCUGCUCCUCAGGCUUCGCUCUCGAGCUCGGUCCCUCUCUGCCGCAGCCGCUCCUGCCCGAGCUCCUCGUCAACUUCACCCUCCGCGCCGCCGCCGACCUCCGCCGCCAGCGCGCGGCCGCCCAGCGAGGCAAGGGCCUCCGCCAGCUGACGCCAGCGGCGGCGGCCUCCGCCGACUUCGUCGCUUCGCCGCAGCUGGUCCUCUUCACGGAGCCGGACUGCAGCCUCUGCGACAUUGCGCGUGGGGCGGUGGCGCUGCUCGGCGAGGCGAGGCUGAUCAACGUGAGCGUCGUCGAGUGCCCGGCGGCCGACCCAGCCGAGGGGGGAGCGGCCAGCUCUCCGCGCGAGACAGAGCCGAACGACAAGGAGGGGGGAGACGAGUACUGGUUCUCGCACGAGCACUUCCCGGACGGCGGCAAGCAGGCGGCAGAGCACUUCGCUUUCACGCAGGCGCAGCAGCAAGCGCAGCGAGACGCAGAGUGGUACGGCGAGGAGGAGGGACGACUGGCUGCAGCGAGGGAGGAGCGGCGGGCGGCUGCCGUGCGGCGCGUGCGGCAGCGGAGGGAGUCGUCGGCCAAGCCCAACGCCACUGCUCUGGUGGCGGAGCUGCACGCUGCGCCUGCUGACGAGUUUGCGCCCCGCCUCUGCGAGCUCCUGAGCAGCGGAGCGAAGCGCGCCGAGGUGCCCGCCAUCCGGUCGCUGCUCGAGCUGGCUUGCGCCGCCGACGCGCCGCGAGCCGCUGCAUGCGCUGCCGCCAUCAACGGGCGCGACUCAAGCGGGGCGACGCCGCUGCAGUGGGCCGCCGCCGCGCACCCGCCCGAACGGGCGGCGGACGUGGUUCGGCUGCUGACCAAGCACGGCGCUUCCGCCGACGGGAAGGGCGACGACGGACUCGCGCCUCUCCACUGGGCAGCGCUGCUGUGCCAGGCGGAGGUGGUGUUCGCGCUGCGCGAGGCGGGCGCUUCGGCCGACCUCGCCGCCGGCAAGGCGUCCAGCCAGCUCCUCGACUUGCGCGAGCGGCGAGGCGACGACGCGGAGGAGGACACGCAGAACGUCAGAAAGAGCAGGCGUGCCUCUUCGCUCUUCAGGGUCUUUGGCCGGAACAGCUGCACCUCGCAUGUCGACUUCGCGCGCAUCUACGAGAGCUUGUUCGACCGUCCGCCGCCGCAAGCGCCGGCCAGCGAGGAGCGGGGGAGGCCGCCGCUCGCCCUCGUCUUCGGCCUCACCUCUGGGCUCUGGCAGCAGCCGGCCAAACAAGCCGUCGGCCAGGAGCUCGGGCGGCUCUUGCGCGCGUAUCCGCCGCUUGCCCUUGGCCGCGUGUCGGGCGGCACUUUGCUGCACGCGCUCUCUCGCCCUCUUGUGAUGGCGGAGGCUCGGUACGAGCUCCUCGAGCUGCUCCUGCGCCGCGGCGCAGACCCCGACGCGCCCAACUUGCACGGCGCCACGCCGCUCAUGGUUGCUGUCAGUCUCGAGUCGAUGCGCAGCUCUGGGGAGGAGGCGAGCCGCGUGGCCGCGCUCCUACUCCGUCACGGCGCAAACGUGUCGCGCGUUGUUAAGAAGGGCGGCAGCGCACUCACCGGCAGGAGCGCGCUCGACGUCGCGACACGCUCGAGGAGGCUGGCGCGCUCGCAGGGCCGUUCACUGCCGGGGGUGCGGUGGGCGCCCGAGAUGCGGCUGUACGGCGCUGGUAAGGGGCUGGGCCUUGGGCUCUCGCUGCUGGGUCGCCCGGCAGGGAGUGAGGAGGAGCUGCUCAGCGCGAUCGAGGGGGCAAAGACGAUGGCGCACGUCUUGCUGGAUGUCGCGACGGAGCGGGCGCUGGAGCAGGCGGAGCCGCCUCUCGAGUUCGAGGAGCGCGACGAGUCGGCGGGCGGCGGCGCGACUUGCGGGAGCGCGCCCAUGGAGCCGCGGGAGCCGAGGCCCGAGCUCGACGUCCCUCGGGUGUGGAGCUCAAUGCUCGAGCCGCCCGGCGGCACGGCGCCCUCUGCACCUGCCAGGCUCACGUCCUCGCCUGGCAAGGCGCCAGCCAAGCAGGGGACACCGGGCGCCAUCAAAGCGGGGUCGAAGGACCCGACGAAGCUGCGGCGCGGGCCCGCCGUCGGCGGUGGCUCGGCUGGCCCGACUGCUGCAAUCGCCGGGCGGCGUGUGAACGGGCUAUAG